AUAGAACUGAAAGAAGCGUUUGAUGCUGAAGCUCAAGAGAUUUUAAAACCACGUUUGCUUCUUACUGCGGCUGUUCCUGUUGGUCCCGAUAAUGUUCGAGGUGGCUACGAUGUACCAGCUGUCGCAAGUUAUUUGGAUUUCAUAAAUUUAAUGGCUUAUGAUUUUCAUGGUAAAUGGGAACGAGAAACUGGACACAAUGCACCUCUAUAUGCACCAUCUUCUGAUUCUGAGUGGCGCAAACAAUUGUCUGUAGAUAACGCAGCAAAGCUAUGGGUUAAGUUAGGUACUCCGAAAGAGAAAUUAGUUGUUGGAAUGCCCACCUAUGGACGUACAUUCACUUUGGCAAAUAAUGCUAAAACGAGCCCAAACUCACCUGCAUCUGGGGGUGGUAAACAAGGUGAAUACACAAAAGAAGGUGGUUUUCUGGCAUAUUACGAAAUUUGUGAAAUGCUCUUAAAUGGGGCCGUUUACGUUUGGGAUGAUGAAAUGAAAGUGCCCUAUCUGAUCGAUGGCGAUCAAUGGGUUGGUUUUGAUGAUGAAAAAUCAAUUCGUCAUAAAAUGAGCUGGAUAAAAGAUAAUGGCUAUGGUGGUGCUAUGGUAUGGACUAUUGAUAUGGACGACUUCAGCGGGAAUAUUUGUGGUGGGAAUGUGAAAUAUCCCCUAAUUGGUGCCAUAAGGUAGCGUGAACAAAUUAAUUUUAUUUAGGUUUAGUUAAACUUUCGUGUUUAUUCAUUCUUGCAAUAAGAUGAAAUACUAAAUAU